UCCCUCUGAUUCCGGGCUGUCAUGGCGACCCCCAACAACCUGACCCCCACCAACUGCAGCUGGUGGCCCAUCUCGGCGCUGGAGAGCGAUGCGGCCAAGCCGGUGGAGGCCCCGGACGCGCCCGAGGCAUUCAGCCCCGCCCAUUGGCCCAAGGAGAGCCUGGUUCUGUACCACUGGACCCAGUCCUUCAGCUCACAGAAGGUGCGGCUGGUGAUUGCCGAGAAGGGCCUGGCGUGUGAGGAGCGGGACGUGAGCCUGCCGCAGAGCGAGCACAAGGAGCCCUGGUUCAUGCGGCUCAACCUGGGGGAGGAGGUGCCCGUCGUCAUCCACCGGGACAAUAUCAUCAGCGACUAUGACCAGAUCAUCGACUACGUGGAGCGGACCUUCACAGGAGAGCACGUGGUGGCCCUGAUGCCCGAGGCGGGCAGCGCUCAGCACGCGAGGGUGCUGCAGUACCGGGAGCUGCUGGACGCGUUGCCCAUGGAUGCCUACACGCACGGUUGCAUCCUGCACCCCGAGCUCACCACCGACUCUAUGAUCCCCAAGUACGCCACGGCCGAGAUCCGCAGACAUUUAGCCAAUGCCACCACAGACCUCAUGAAGUUGGACCAUGAAGAGGAGCCCCAGCUCUCUGAGCCCUACCUUUCCAAACAGAAGAAGCUCAUGGCCAAGAUCCUGGAGCAUGAUGAUGUGAGCUACCUGAAGAAGAUCCUUGGGGAGCUGGCCAUGGUGUUGGACCAGAUCGAGGCGGAGCUGGAGAAGAGGAAACUGGAGAACGAGGGGCAGAAGUGUGAGCUGUGGCUCUGCGGCUGUGCCUUCACCCUCGCCGACGUCCUCCUGGGAGCCACCCUGCACCGCCUCAAGUUCCUGGGACUGUCCAAGAAGUACUGGGAAGACGGCAGCCGGCCCAACCUGCAGUCCUUCUUUGAGAGGGUCCAGAAGCGCCUGGCCUUCCGGAAAGUCCUCGGCGACAUCCACACCACCCUGCUGUCGGCUGUCAUCCCCAAUGCGUUCCGGCUGGUCAAGCGGAAACCCCCAUCUUUCUUUGGGGCAUCCUUCCUCAUGGGCUCUCUGGGGGGGAUGGGCUACUUUGCCUACUGGUACCUCAAGAAAAAAUACAUCUAGAGCCAGGCCUGGGCUUGGUGCCUGUCGGUGUCUCUGUACUGUGUGACUCCCAGCAAGCUCUCAGUCAGCCACUGUCUCAUGAACACUCGGACAGCCACUCCCCGCCCCGUUUGGAGUAACUCUAUCGUCAAUGUGAAAACAUUCCAUAGUUUAGAAGUAGACGUUGCCAAUGCCGUGAGUUGAGGCCACGGCUCUACUAAAGGAGAGAAAGAGUGAGUGUGAGAGAGAAAGAGAGAGA